AUGGCCGAAGCGCGAUACUUCAAGCGGGACGGCCGCUUCGAGCCCGAGAUCGAUGGCGACUUGAGUGCUGCAGACUUCCCAGUUCGACCCAUCAAGGCUCAACGCGAAGGCAAGGUCGCGCGGCUGGCCAACAAUCUCCAGCGGGUACUCUUCUCUCCGGGAGUACAUUAUGUUCGCGACCCACGGACAGGCGUAUGGAACUUCCCGCAGGAGUUGACCCAGAUCCCCACACCAGAGGAGUUCAACUUUGAUACCCUCCCCGAUUAUAUCACGGCAAGCAAAGAUCCCGAGCUGGCUGGUCUAGCUCAGGCGGAUGGCAUCAAGUAUACCGGAUCGACGUCUACUCUCACUGGCGCGUUCAGCCAGGUUUGGUUAACGCUCAAUGGUGGCCAGGGAGUCGAUAUCAGCAAGCUUACCCAGGAGUACGCAACACAGGGCACGGACUACACUGCUGGUGCUCAGCUGCCUGCUGCUAUCGCUGUGUGGCCGCAACCCAACGGGCGAUAUGCGGUAGACUCGGACAAGCGAUUCCAAACCGACGCCAAUAUCUUAUCUGAGUACGGCAAUAUCCUCGAGAAGAUCCUCACAACCGACGCGAGCGAGUGGUGGAAGUCGCUUAAAAAGGUGCCUGAAGGCUUCACUCCACCUGCAAAGCCGACAGCUCGCGAGGCAUACGCUUACUCGCGCGGCGGGAAGACCUUGAUGCGCUCCCAGCUCGAUUGCCAAGAUAAUCGUUUGCCAGGCAGCGGGACGUUUGACAUUAAGACGCGUGCAGCAAUGCCCAUUCGCCACGACCGCGCGAACUGGGAGGCGCACAAGGUGUACGAUAUUAGCGAGACGCUUGGACAAUUUGCCACCUUCGAGCGCGAGACAUUCGACCUCUCGCGCUCGGGUAUGCUGAAGUAUUGCUUCCAGGCGCGCAUCGGUGACAUGGAUGGCAUUUUCAUCGCGUAUCACAACACGGCCCGAUGCUUCGGAUUCGAGUAUAUGCCACGAACCGAGCUCGACACCCGGCUGUUCGGUGGGCCUGAUAUCGGUGAUCAGGUAUUCCAACUGUGCAUCGGUUUCUUCGAACGAAUUAUGGACCUCGCAACAGAUAUGUUCCCCGAUGAGGCGCUGAGCUUGCUCUGGUUCCAGGCUCGCCCACCGCUUAACCCAUUCCAGAAGGCGCGGAUGGGAUCGCGCGAGGUUAACGAGCUGAUUGUGGCUGUGCAGCCUUUCGAGUGGACCGGUGAGGGCCCAGUUCCGACACGCACAAUCCGGAUACAGAUGCUCAACAAUGUGGAUGGCAAGGACGUCCCUCCCUCGCAGGGCAUCCGCUUUUUUGCUACUACGAAGGAGGAGCGCGCUAAGCAAAAGUGGACGGUGCGGUACCAGAUCGCCAUUACCCCGGACACCCCAGAUGGUCAUGAGAAUGCUCGUGCGCUCCGUGCCCAAGCAGUAAGCCGUCUCACGGCCAUGAACUCGAUCACCGUACCAGAGGGCAAGACACCUGCCGACAUGUACGGAACCGAGAAGGGCUCUCUGCCCGAUGUGGAGAGCUUGGAAGAGCUGAAGGCACCCGACUUAGACACUUCCCCUCCCGAGGACGCAGCCCCCGCUUCACAGGCGUCAGACGAUGUUGGCGCGGCUACCGCAAGCUCUGGCUACGACGAACUGUCGUACGCAAAGAUCAAGUGGGUCGAGCCGAAUGCUAGGGUGCGAAAACUGCGCACAGCAUCUUAUGAGACCGGGCGAGCAUACGAGGAGCGCACCGCCAAGUGGAACUCCGAGGUGCAACAGAUGAAGGCGACAGAUCCGGAGCCCGAGAUCAAGCCCGACCCGUACAUUAUCACGGAGCACGAAUUUUUGCCCACCAAGUGGCGCGAGCGCAAAGUAGACAGUGAGGCGGGUGCAGUUCCAACACCGGUCGAGAACGAAGUGGAAGAGUUCGCGGAGGCCGCGAGCAGGCGCGAUGAGGAGGAUAUCCAAGUUGACCUUGACGGUGCCGAAGCCGAGUGGCCGAAGAAGGUUCAGCGGGAGCUUCCGCCUCACCUUCAUAUCUGA